AAGGAUGCAGCAGAGGCUAGUCACUGAGCUUCUCAUUGAUGGUAGUCCUCUCGGAAGACCCCUUAGGUAACUCCGAGACGGGGGUUCACAUGUCACACAACGGAACCCAAAACAUUUCACGCGAUGAUGCUGGAGAGGUUACACGUGUCUUCAUCUUCAAGAAUGGAGGGGGUGACCCUGCAGGCUGUGAAGGACAAGGAUUGGCACCAUUAUCCCGAGCAUCCUCCAUAAGUACCAGCACUAGUCAACAUGGCGGCAGUGUCAGUGAUAACGGAGGGAUGGGUAAUAGUGACAGUGAAAAUGUUAUUAAUGGGAUGCUAAGGACGGGGGAGGAAGAUGUGGACCCCUCCACCGAUCUAGGUGCUGAUCUGCAACACAUAGAAGAGUGGUUAAAAACUCGCAGUGAUAGCCUUUCCAGUUUUGAUUUUGACCCAGAAAUCAAACCCUCUGAAAUUGAUGUUAAUGAUUUUUUCAACCUGAAAAGCGGGGUUCAGUUUCAUGUAAGUGGUCAGGACUGUGGCUUAGUAUUUUCUAAAGAUAGUGCAAGUGAUUCUGGUACUUCGUCAGGUACAUUAUUGCCUAAUCAGUUUUCCUUCCCUGACCUGUGUGAUACAUUGGGUGGCUCUGGCAGCCGCAGGAACAGCUUCACAAAAAAGCUCGAAACUCUUAUGCAAGUAGACAAGGGACUCUUUGAGGAGCUCUUGUUAACAGAUGCCAACAAAAAGUACGGUAACAAGAAAUUGGAAAACAUGCCGUCAUUACCCGUGGAAGAUCGAGGACUGUUCGAGGAAUUAUUGUUACCCGGAGCACAGGAGGAGUGGGCCAAGCAUGCUCAGGAACUGCUUUUGGCAGUAUCAUUAGAGAAAAGAGAAUUAAAUACUCCGAGCCAAGUAACGAGUGAGAGCGUAUCCCUUCCUGAGCCUUCAGAAUGUAGUGCACCUUUGUCGGAGAAUGCUCAAGAGAUGACAAGUGAUCAUGAAUCCUCUGAUGAACUAGAGCUCAUGGUUAGAAAUAUUCAACCAAUUAAGUUGAUGAGUCCACAAGAGAUUGAGAAUAUGGCUUCACGACCACUUGGCUUUGAUGAAACUCCAAUCAAAAUGGAAGCUCAGAGAAAUAGGGAAGUUACUAGUCAGAUGGAAGAAGAUUUUACCUUCAUUCCAUUUGGUCGUCAAGUCUGUGAAGAUAACAACACACUGCCACCUGAUCUUCUGACGAGUCCAAAUAGUGAGGUAGACAGCAAGCUUUCUAGUAUAUUGGCAAUGGAUGCCUCCAAUGACACUUUAGAAAUUUCAAGUUCAGAGACUAGUGACAUGCUAGAAAAUCUUGGAAAAGCACCUCAUAAAUUGGAAAGAAGCAUCUCUCCUGGGACAUUCCUAGUCAAAUUGGAACCGAGGGAAAAUCGAGAUGGAUGUAACAAAAGCAUUGCAUCAACAUGUGUAUCCACAUCUAGUCAGCUCACAACUGCAGCUAUGCCACCCCCUUCAACAACAUUUACAAAUACAACAGCAUCCUUUCAGCCGGUUUCAGUUCUGAAUCCAAAUGACAAUGUUAUCACAGCCAUAGCCAAAACAUCAGCUACGGCUAAUUGCAGCUUAGUUACUGCUGUAAGUUCAAGCUCUACUGUAAGUGUCACAACUGCGACCACUACUACUGCAUCAGUUAAUUUGGCUCCUAAAGGGCUUUUAAAAAUGCCUUCUGGCCCAGUUCGAACCGAAAUUAAAAAAUUACCUAUUGGUAUGGUUCAACUACGUCUAGCAGCACCACAACCAGUUACAUCGUUGGGUGCUGCUAUAACAACUGCUACUGCAACUUCAGGUCCACAAAUGGCUAGGCCUACUUUUAUAUUAAGACCAUUAAUUACACCUGGACAGCAGUUGCAACAGCAGCCACCUCGACAGCAAAUCACAACACCUGAAAACUUCGUAAGUUCCAAGGACAAUGCCCCAUUAACCUUCACACCACUUAAAAUGGUAACAGUGCAGCCAAAUAAACCAGGCAUUGCAAAUGUUACAAUCACAGUUGACCGAAAGGCAAAUUCGACUACUGUUAACAUUGUAUCUUCAAACAGUGAGCAUACAGUAUUUAAGAUCAACACUUGUGAUUUGGUACGAGCUGUUUCUAGCAUCCGUGAGCCACAUUUGGAUCCCUUGGGUCUUACUCCUCAACAGCUGUUGCGCUCUGCUCACACUGCUCACCGUCUUAUCCAAGAGGUUCAUCAACAGGGAGCUGCACGCCAGGCCAAAGGCACAGGAAAAGAUGCUCCCUCAGGCCCUCAGAAUUUUGAAAUCAAUCAGCCAUUACAAGAGGUGAAGGCACCAGUCUCCAGAAUGCAACAAGGACAGUUAGCACUGUUGCGACGUGCAGCAGCAGCAGCAGCAGUCACCACAGCAGUUUCAACAAGUGUGGCAAAUACUACUAGCCAAAGUGUAACAAGUCAAGUUGUCACAAGUAGUGGUAUUUGUACAAAUAUUGGGUCACCCAUUAUGGGAGGAGCUUCAGUGCUUACAACAGCCUCUUCAUCAGGGUCUGUUCUAAUCCCUACAACAGUAAAUGCAUCUGUUUUAAGUACAGUCAAAGGCACAGUUUCAACAUUUGCAUCACAGAAAAUGCAAGUAGACACCAUUGUAUCACCACUUCGCCCAGAGAUGAGGACUUCACGCCAGACUUCUGUCGCCAGUGCUGACAAAUCUCACAUAGUUAAGAGUGAAGGUGUUGGGGUAUCCCUGCGUCCUGGAGCACCUCCAACCAUGGUCUCAGUGCCUUCUGUCCUGGACACUCUCUCAGCUUCCUCAUUGGUACCCGCUGACCUCCUACAAACAUCAUCGCUAUCACCUUCUUCCAGUCACGUACCAAGUGAUGAUGAUCUCAAUGAUGAAAACCCUGAAAUGUGUACGGUAUCUGAUGAGGUUGCCAACAAGGCCUUUGAAGAACUUGGUAUUCACAUAGAUUCCCUGAAGUGCGAGCCUUCACCACAGGGUGGUAAAUACUGGCUUUGCCCCAUCAAAGGCUGCUGCAAGAAUUUUCCAAAACUUUCUUCUCUUAAGGUUCAUUUGCUGAGCCACAAUGGAAUCCGACCAUAUAAAUGUAGUUAUGAAAACUGUGACUGGGCCUUUUACACAUGGUACAAGCUUAAACGACACAUUGAAACACACUUGAAGAGGAGGGAUUAUGUGUGCUCAGAAUCUAACUGCAACCGGCGAUUCACUACAGUUUAUAACCUCAACACACAUCUUCGUUUGCACCAGCGUCCAAAGUGCUGGAUGUGCUCACUGCCAGAAUGUACUCAAGCUUUCCAUACCAGGCGGGAGUUGGAAGUACACAUGAAAACUCACAAAGAUGUUGAAGCUCCUUAUAAGUGUGGUGUAGAUGGUUGCAGCAAAUCUUACUUCACUCCUAACUCAUUAACAUCUCAUAUGCGUAGUCACCACAAAGAAGAGGAGUUGCGUUGCCAGUGGACAGGCUGUGGGAAAAAGUUUGACAAACCUUGCAGACUUAAAGCUCACAUGAGAGUGCACACAGGUCAGAGACCUUUUGUGUGCACAUUUGAGGGUUGUAACUGGUCUUUCCAAAGUGCAAGUAAAUUAAGUCGACAUCAGCGAAAACACACCAAUGAUCGGAAGUUUACCUGCCCCAUCUGUCAAAAAUCCUUUCUUCGGUCUGAGCAUCUUAAAGGCCAUUUGCUCAUCCACACAGGGGUUAGAAACUUUCAGUGCCCAAUUGAACACUGCAAUGCAAAGUUCACUGCCAAGAGUAGCUUAUAUGUACACCUAAAGAAACAUGAGGGUAAAACAAAAGACAAUAACAAUAAAGUUACUUACCACUGUCCAAUAGAUACCUGUGACAAGAGCUACAACUCAAAAUUUAAUCUUCGGCAGCACAUGCUCAAAAACCAUACCAUAUUGACUACAGACACAACUCAGUUGGACUACAUAACACUCCUGGGUGAUAAAGACCUGAUGAUGGAUCAGCUUUUGCCACUAACAGCUGGUGGUGCAUCAUCCUCCACCUCAGUCACUUUAGAUAGUAAUGUGCCAUCCUCCACAUUCUCUUCUGCAUCUCCUUCAAGUGAUGCCCAAGCAACUCUCCUCUCCAGCAUUGAACUUAUCAAUGGGGAAAUAGGUGCUGAUGGGAAUAAUAUUCCUCCAAUUAUUGUGAUGGAGGGAAGAAGUGCAGCAGAUGCCAUUGACAGUAUGGACGUCAGUAUGGCAGACACGCUUAUUGGAACAGCACCCAGUGGCAGUGGGGCAGAAGUGGAUACCCUUGAUAUGGCUGCCAUCGCAAAGGACGCCACAGAAAACAUUAUUGCGUCUAGUGGUUCUGCUCGUACAGAUGUUUUAGGGAAUGUUAUUCGCUCUCAGCGUGCUAAAAAAAGGCAGCAGCUUAACUUGGCGAAGAAGAUGGCAGAACUUGGUUGCCAUACAUCCAGUGACCAUUCCACUGGGGAAGGAAUUGUGAGUUUUACCAAUGAUGUAGUUUUAUCUGCCUCUGCAGUAACAAUGUCUGCCACAGCACAUCUUCAGUCUGCCCUUCUACAGGAUGAUGGUGUUGCUAGCGAGCUUUAUCAAGAAACACUAAUGGGUCAUGAUCUCCUCUCAGAUCCCACCACUGAUCCUCAGUCAACAAUCAACCUUCGUGAUUUAGAAUAAUGGUUUAUACCGAAAGCUCCUUUUGCCAGGCGUGAGUGUUUGUGUGGACUGCAGAAACUGGAGCACUGCCAUGAUAUGUGGGUACCAUACAUGGACAGCAGAUUGGUUCAGUCUCAGACUCAAGACCCAACACUGAUUGGUGCUUCCUCUGGCCUACGUUAUAGAGUUAUCAUAAUACUAAAGUAAAUUCAGCUACUACAGCUUCAUGCAAAAGUGUAAUGCAUUGUGGAAGUGUGUAGGUUCAUUAACUUAAAUUCAAGAAAGUCUGUAAAGUUCUUGAGACAUGAAUGAAAUUUAUUUAAGCACAAAGGCAAAGAAAAUUUUAAUGUUCUUUAUAUCUAAGGGGAUUGCUGGCUAACAUUUUAGUGAAGAUGUAGAAGAUUAAAUUCUUAAAGUUUUUCAUAUAUUGGCCAAGACAAAUAUUAAUGUAUACUGAAUUUAGUGAUAAAAAGGUAUAUAAUAAAGUUGAAUUAUUAAAUAUCUGCUCCAUUCAUGGUUAAGUCGGACAUAAGAUUGUAGCUUGUUGUCAAGAGUCUUUUAUGCUAUAAAAUUUACUUCAAGAAUUUUUUUUUUAUCUAAAUCUUGCCUGCAAGUAUUCCAGGAUACACAGUUUUUUCAGUUUGCUUUUAUUAAAAAUGAUUUUUGCACUUUGUGUAACUUUGUGCAGUUUGUCCAGGGUAACAAAUGUAGUUAGGUUAAGGUAUGAGUUUUAUACUCUUAAUCUUGAAUCUCGUAUAUACAUAUAUAUAUAAAAUAUAUAUUGGGUUAGAAAUGCCCGACUUGCAUAACACUGCCAUAGAUGCUAAGAUAUAGACAUAUUAUAGCACCUCAUUGCCUCUGCCAAACUCAAUAGUUAAUCUUCUAACAAUAAUUUUUGCUGACAGUUACAGUAGUUACUGUUAACCCUUUGAAGGCCUAAGCUGUAGUUCUACGCCUUGUCCACAGGGUUCUAGAAUUUAAAAAAAAAAAAAAUUCUUAUGAAAUGGUAGAGAAUCAUUUUCUGAAGGUAAUAAAAUGAAAACUACGAAAUUUGAUUGAAUUUUACUGUGUCAGCGAUAUUUAUGCUUCGGCAAUUGCCCACUUUGACUCCUAUUUUAGGCCAGUUACAUUAUUCCAGUCGACCAAAUUCUUAGCCGUUUCGCUAGUAUUGCUUCUAUUUUAUCAAUUGAGCACAAGAAACUGCCCAGUUAAAUAAAGUGAUCAGAAAUUGGUAAUUUGGCCAGUUUCACACAAAGUUCAGAAUAUUCCAACUUCAAAAUAGCAUCCAGAAUAAACAGUGGAGGCAUUCCUGGCACUAAAAUAACAUUUCCUCUGUUUAUUAGUUAUGUUUCCAGGCUUUACAGAUGAUUUUUUAUUCACAUAAAGAAUUUUUAUUCACACCAAAAAAAUAGAUUUACUGUUAUGCAAUAUUGUAAUAAUUGUAUAAGUAAUAUCAGCACAUUCCUGAACGUAUAUUAGACCCACUGGUUGACAUGUAUUGGACUCAUGACAUCAUUUGUUUACUCUUGAACAUCGGCAAAAAUCAAACAUUUCCGCUAAUUUAAGCUCAGUUUCGAGCUAUUUUCAGUACUAAAACCAGUCAAAAUCAUCUCUGUUUCUGUAAUAUACCUUCCAUUCUAUCAAAUGAGAUCAAGAAACCAUGAAUAAACCAUACAAAAAUACACCACAAAGUUGCUGUAUUAAUCCAAAAACACGGUUGCAGCUUUUUUUUACCUCAUUAUGCACUGUGUGCUGCAGGAUUUGUUUUAUAUGGUGCACACUUACCACAUAGAUCCAUUCUCGCAUAUCUAAGCCCAGAUUUACUACUCACAGCUUAUCGGAGUGAGCUGAGCUCAUGUCGUAAUACUAUGGCUUGGACCCUGUGGACAAGGCGUAGAACUAUGAGCCUGACCCCAUGGCUGGGCUCUGAGAGUAGUUAAACUCUUGAACUCUUCAAAGGUAUAUUGGACCCUCAGAGGCUUAAUUAUAUAUAAUAAGAUGAAGUAUUUCAUGUGGGGAAGAAGUUACAUUAUGGAUAAUAUAUAAUACAACUUUAUUAUUAUUCUGUUGCUCUUGCAGACAGAUAUAGAACAUGGAAUAUGUGAUUUUUCAGGGUUUGAUCAUUAAAAAAUUAAAAUUUGUUCAUUUGUUUUUUAAAGUGAUAUGAAACAAAACUUUUCCAGAAAAGAUGGUGAAGUAAAUUCAGAUUGAGCAAAAGUGUGUAGUUCACCAUGAGUACCAGUAGUUUAAAUUUAUAUCAAAGUAACUUUAAAAUACAUUGCAGUACACAGUACAGGUUCAUAGGUGUAAAUGGAGAAUUUGUAUAUAAGCAGGAUAAUGUUAGAAGGGUAAAAUUAAUACUGUUAAAAAAAAAGUUUUUUUUUUGACCAAGAAAUUAGGUGUGGUUUGUUGAUAAAUAUUUCUUCCAAGCUCAUUUUUCCAUAAAUGAUUAUAUACCCUAAUACACUUGUGUACUGUGCUGAUAUAAAACAAAGUACUCUUCAUAUCAUUGUGCACAUCUUAAAUCCACACUUUAAUGUGUACAUGUACACCUAUUUGAGGUGUAUACGAGCAUCCAUGUCCUAUAUUUCAUUGUAGUAUGGAUUUUCUAAUAUUUUUGUAAAUAUUUUCAUAGUGGUACCAUGAUACUUUUUUAAUUUUAAAAAUAACAUUAUUGUUAUUAAGCUUUUGUAGAAAUUUGUGUAAGCAACUGUCAUAAAUGUUUUUUUCUCUGGUAGAGUAAGGAAAGGUGUCUUCUGGCAAGAGGAUAUUAAAAUUUGUUUUUCAUUUUACACUUACGUUAUCUGACCUGUGAACCAAACAUACAUUUAACUAUUGAUUCACUGUAUACAGAUUCUCAGUUUUUACCACUUGCAUUUUUUUUAUUAGGUAUAUUGCCUCCAUGAAUACCAAUUAUACACUACAUUACUUUGUCUUAUAUAUUAUUCUUUAAAUUGCAGGAAUUAAUUUCGUAAUUUUUCAGAUGAAGAGCAAAAAUUAAGAAAUUAAGUGAAUGCAUCGCAAAUUUUGACUUCGAAUGACAAUACUUUCUAAAUUUUGAAUUCUAAAUUUAAAUUAGAGAAAAUCUCAUUCUAGUAUUGCUGCAUACUGUAUAUAACAGUAUAGUAUAAUAAUGAGAACUCUGUGAAGAAGUUUUACAUAUCCCUGUAGGCAACAAUUUAAACAGUGUAUUUAUCUGGCAAGAUUUAAUCUUGUGCCAAAGUGUGGCUGUGAUAAACUGUAACUAGUGGUAGAAUAUAAAUAUUAUUUCAUAUGACUGAUGAUAAAUGCACACUAUUGCAUUAGGCUCAGACAGAAUGUCUGAAUGGUGCAUAUGAGUUUGCUUUUGUUAUGUGCCAUUUUAGUUAAGGCUUUCAACUAAUAAUACCGCUGGGUAAACUAUAUACUGGGUAUACAGUCAACCCUCGCUUAAUGGCAUAGAUAGGGGAUGGACAAAAGAUAUGUUAAAUAAAUUGCAUUCUUUCCAUAGACUCCCAUGUUAUAACCUGAAAUGCGCUGUAUAGCCCUUGUGGCUUAGCGCUUCUUUUUUAUUAUAAUAAUAAUAUAACCUGAAAUGUAGACCCGGACAGUAAUGUUCCAUAUUUGAUUCCUAUUAUUUUUUUUUGGGGGGGGGGGUAAAAGGGUAAGAAACAUUGACAUUUCACUGUACUUAUAGAGAUUGACCUGCCCCCAUCUCCUAUUCCCUCUCACUCUUCAGUAUCUUUUUUUUUUUUUUUUUUCCUCUCAUUUCCUCAUCUCCCAGCUGAGAGGUGAGCCACUACCAGUAAUUUUCCCCUUGUAAUGCCUUUUUCUUGCAAUUUCUCAUCAAAGACACAGUUAAAGAUAGGAGUCAUAAUAUAAGAUGCUAAUUGAGGCCAUGAGAAAGCAAAAUUCAGAGAGGCAAUGAGAAAAAUGUACCAUAUUGUGAUUUUCAUUUACAGUCUUGGUUCAAAUGUUAAAACACUAUUGUUGAUGACUUUAGCCACAGUACAACUAUGGAAUCAAACUAUUUCACUUUAACUAAUUAUGAGUAUAGCAGUUUUUUCAGACUGUAAUAAUAAUUAAACAUUAUCACAUAUUUGAAUUAUCUAUCCAACUCCUAGUUCAAGUCUGCCUGAAAUGCUUUUCAUAACUAUUAGCUUUUCCAUGUAAGAAAUUUUGUGAACACAGUUGUAUCUUCUUGAAAAAUAAAUGAUCAUGAAUAUUAUUAUGAUCUAGGAAUGGGAGGUAGUGAGAGAGAUGCUAGUACUUGAAUACGUUACUGUUGCCGAUUUCAACCCCAACAUAAAUAUGAAACUUGGAAAUUUUGCUUACACCACAGUACUUAAGAUUUUAGUGCUUUUUAGUAAAUGUAUACAGUCUUAGGCAUAACCUGACUGUGAUAUCAGAAUAAUUCUAGAAAGAUAGCAAUUGAUUGAAUGUGUUAUUUUCUUUGGGUCAUCCAGCCUUUGCAGGAACCUGCCAUUGAGCUAAAAAAAAAAAAAAUCACAUUUCAUUUCUCGUUUAACUUGUAUUUAUAAUAAAAACAAUAAUGUGGUUUAAUAAGGGUAAGGAAUAGUGCAAACAAGCCACACCCACCACCACUACAACACCUACAAGUAUCAUCCUCUGAAUUCACAUUAUUUGUCUUGGUUUUCGCUUUAUUGAAUUAAUUUAUCUGUGGUAUAUACUCGUUUGGUGUAGGUUUAGUUGAUUCCUAUCAGUUAAAUAAAAGUUAGUCAAGAAAUGUGGAUCUUGUAUUACGAUUGAUCAAGGGUAAUGUUCACUAUAUUUUUGUUUUCUCUUCUCAAUUUUUUUCGAUAACAUAAAUUGAUGUAUGGUAUAAAAAUAUUCCUAGUGACACGGUUUGGUUAACUAACAGCAGUUGUAUUUGCAUCCCACUUGUUUUUAGGCCACCUCUGGCAUGAGAUUGUUAUACGAGCAUAAAAUUGGUUAAGCAGAAUUUUUUCUGUCAUUCAAAAUUAUUCUCUCCUAAUGUUUAAGCGGGGGUCGACUGUACUAUUUUUUUGGAGGGUAUAGUAACAUUGUUUAAUCACUUAACCUAUUGACAAUCUUUAUAUGGCACUGAAAGUGCAUAUUGUCACUUACAAAAUACAGUUUAGAUAUUAAGAGAUAAACAGUAUUAAUAUGUUUUUGGGUAACUUAAGUUGGUAAUAUAGUUUUUACAAAACAACCUCUCACAUUAUGGUGUAAAUUUUUUAUUGGAAUAACAUGCAUUUUCUGCUCAAAGUAAGUAUAUGUUCUGUAUUAUAUUUGACAUGAUAAAGGAUCAUUACUUCUAGAUGAUUCUUAUUUUGAACUCAUCAUUAAAAACCCAUCAAAGAACAUUUUAAUGCCCUGUCAGAUUAUUCGGAAUUUAGUAGAUUUUUUUUAACACGUCGGCCGUUUCCCAUCGAGGCAGCAUGACCCAAAAAGAAAGAAAAAACCCAAAAUGAAGAAAAAACUUUCAUUAUCAUCAUUCAACACUUUCACCAUCACUCAUACAUAAUCACUGUCUUUGCAGAGGCACUCAGAUAGGACAGUUUAGAUGUCUCUCCAAACUCCCAAUAUCCCAAACCCCUCCUUUAAAGUGCAGGCACUGUACUUCCCAUUUCCAGGACUUGAGUCCGGCUAACCAGUUUCUCUGAAUCCCUUCACAAAAUAUUACCCUGCUCACACUCCAGUAGCUCGUCAGGUCCCAAAAACCAUUUGUCUCCAUUCACUCCUAUCUAACACACUCAUGCACACUUGAUGGAAGUCCAAGCCCCUCGUCCACAAAACCACCUUUACCCCCUCCCUCCAACCUUUUUGAGGACAAUCCCUACUCUGCCUUCUUUCCCCUACAGAUUUGUAUGCUCUCCAAGUCAUUCUAUUUUACUCCAUUCUCUCUCAGUGACCCACCUCAAUAAUGCUUCUUCAGCCCUCUGAAUAAUAUUUUUUGUAACUCCACACCUCCUCCUAAUUUCCACACUACGAAUUCUCUGCAUAACAUUUACACCACGCAUUGCCCUUAGACAUGACAUCUCCACUGCCUCCAACCUCCUCCUCGCUGCAGCAUUCACAACCCAUGCCUCACACCCAUAAAUAUGUAUAUUUAUUAUUUACAGUAUAUACAUGCACACUCACUCUGCUUGGACACACACAAAAAAUCAUAUUAUGCUGAAGGUGUUAAAUAGCUAAUGUAUAAAGUAUGUUUCUUGUAAUGUUAAAUUAUUUAAAUAGGAAAAAAAAAUGUAGGGAAGGUUAGUGUGAGGUCUCUGUAUGAACUAGUUUAAAUAUUAAAACACUUUAAGGAAGGUGCCUUGAUGCCAGUUGAAGGGCUCUUGGUCUAAGGAAAUGUAGCUAACCUCCCAUUCCUUGGAUCCUUCAAGAGAGGUUCCUUGAUGCCAAUGAAGGACUUUUGAUCCAAAGAAUUGGUCCUGACAUUCAUUUACAUGGAUCAGAGUUGGUUGCCUUCCCUUCUCCUUGCACUGUAUAACCCUUAUGAGUUUAGCACUCUCCCACUGAAUGUAAAAAUAAUAAUUAGUAGUAAAAUAAUCAUGUCAGAACACAAGCUGCCAAAAUUAUCAGUAAUUUGCAAACUAAAUGUUAUAUGUAUGAAAUGAUCUUAAAUUUGUUUCAAUUUGUAAUCAAGAGCCAUUGUUUUAUAUACUUAACCAAUUUUGUAAUAGCUCAAGAAUACCUACCAUAACAAAAUGCAUUAACUUGGUACUGUAUUUGUGACUAGGUAUCUUGCAGGGUCAAACAUAAACCGUAUUUAAGAUUAUUUCUAUUGCUAUUUUUACAAAUGUCUAAUGUCUUGUAUGGUAGAGAUUUUGCUAUUAGUGUUUAUAUGAAUAACAUUUUGAUUUGUAUAUAAAUUAUCACUUAUCAUAGAUAAUGCUCCAAAUUGUAAAACUAGUAUAUAAUAGAAGUGUACAUUUUUUGUGUUUGAACUAUGCUGGUCACUGAUAAUACUGUAUUUAUAUUACAUUUAGCAUAUGUGUUGUUUGUUUCUUCAUCACUGCCACAUUGUGAGAUUCAGCAGAUUUUGGUGAGAAAGUUUUACUGUAUAUUUCUUAGCCUUUGCUGAUAAACACUUCAGCAGUAUUCUGAAGAGAAAAGAUUUUUUUUAUAGAUUUUUAAGCACAGGUAUAUUUAUAUUGAUUUUGAUGUUUGUAAGUUACUUUGUACAGUAUUUAUUCAUGAUUAUAAAGAACUGCUGGGAUCAUGUAUGGAUAAAUAUUUAAGUGAAUUUAGAGUUAGGGGGAAAGUUUCUAUUAAAUACAUGGGUAUAAGCAUUUAAAAUCUUAAUUUGCCACCAGAUAAAUGUAUAUAUCCCUGACCCAUGGGGAAGUGAUUAAGGUGUUGAUGAGAUGUAUUGUUACGUGAUAAUGUGCUGUUAAGAAAUGUGCUACUCUUUAACUUUAUGUGUAGAAACUUGAAACUGUCAUUUUGGCUAAAUUUACCUGGAUUGAUAAUGAAAUAAUGGAGUAUUUUGCUAUAAUUUGUUUAUCCAUACUUCUUUUGCAUUCUCUCACUGUCAAGAAAAAUGGCAUGAUACAAAGCAAUGUUUUCUUUAGUUUCCCAUGAAUAAUUUGGUCAGGACUUUCAGGUAAAAUUUAUUUUAGUUGCCUGUAAAGACUUUUUCUGAUGUAAUUAUAUAUAUAUUGAGCAUUUUUUUUUUUUUUUUUUUUUUUAUUUUUAACAUUUUUCUUUAUCAUUCCAUUGCUAAUGGGUUUAGAAAUGCUGUAUCCUUAGUUAAUAGCACAGGAUGUCUAGAGUUCCAGUAGUACAUAGUCUGGCCUAUGUGAGUUUGUGUAAAUAAAGGUCAUUCCUUUUUCUACUGAAUUAUUUCAAUGUUUUAAGUUAUAAAGUUACUUAAAAAUGUGCUUGCUGUGUUAGAUAAUUAUCUUAAUCAGAAUUCCCAUUAAAUUUGACAAAAAGCUUAAAACUCAAUAUUUAUUCUGUUGUGCACAUCAAUGUGGAUUGACCCUGUAUAAAAUGGAAAUAAUGCAGGUAACAUUUCUGGAUUGAUGGAGGCAGUUCUGCUGUAUUUUUAUAUGAUCUCUGUGUGUGGCAAAGUUGUGGUAUACCCCCAAAACUGCUCGAAACAGAAUGUACCUGAUCUGUAGCUGUUAGUUUGGGCUUCAGCUGCUGUUUACAUUGUAGGUUGUAAGUAUAGUGUCAGUAAUUAUAUCCGGUUUCAUUAUUUAUAUCUUCUUUUGUUUAAUACACACCAGUGAAAUGUAGACAAAUAAGGUACAGGUGGUAUUCUCAAAAGAAAGCCUUGUACAGUGUUUGGAUAAAUAUAAUUUAAUUGUUAUAUUUGAGAACUUAACAAUUUUUAGGCCUGUAGGUACCCACAAAGAAAUGCUUUGUGCAAUAUUUAAUACACUUAUAUCUUGGGAUAA